CCUGAAGUUUUGUCUACGGCCAGCCAUUGUCUGCGGGCUUCCCGCACGUGGAGGCCUGUUUCGUCGGCUUACAAGAUUCGCCUUCUGUGUUCCGAGGAUUAUACUGUUUAUUUUACGGGAGAUGUCAGAAGACCUUGCAAAACAGUUAGCUAGCUAUAAAGCUCAGCUCCAACAAGUUGAAGCUGCUUUGACGGGAAAUGGAGAAAAUGAAGAUUUACUAAAACUCAAAAAAGACUUACAGGAAGUUAUAGAAUUAACCAAAGACCUUCUUUCAACACAACCUUCAGAAACACUUGCAAGUUCUGACAGUUCUGCUUCUGCUCCUCCAAGUCACACAUGGAAGGUUGGAGACAGAUGUAUGGCAAUAUGGAGUGAAGAUGGACAGUGUUAUGAAGCUGAAAUUGAAGAGAUAGAUGAAGAGAAUGGCACAGCUGCAGUCACCUUUUCGGGAUAUGGCAAUGCUGAAGUCACACCCCUGCUCAAUCUGAAACCUGUGGAAGAGGGAAGGAAAGCAAAGGAAGACAGUGGCAACAAACCCAUGUCCAAAAAAGAAAUGAUUGCUCAGCAACGAGAAUAUAAAAAGAAGAAAGCUUUGAAAAAGGCCCAGCGAAUCAAAGAACUGGAACAAGAGCGAGAGGACCAGAAAGUCAAAUGGCAGCAGUUCAACAACAGAGCUUAUUCAAAAAACAAAAAAGGCCAGGUAAAGCGAAGCAUCUUUGCUUCUCCUGAGAGCGUAACAGGGAAGGUUGGAGUUGGAACGUGUGGAAUUGCAGACAAACCCAUGACACAGUACCAAGAUACAUCCAAGUACAAUGUCAGACAUUUGAUGCCCCAGUAAUUGAGGGAGAAAAUGACUUAACAUCACUUCUGCAGGGCUUUACAUUUACCUUUUUAUUGUUCUAUUUUUCUAAAAGUAAACUAUUGGCGCAUAGUGAAAAUGGUUGUUGACAUCAGUUGGCUUAUGCUGGUACAAGCCUUAAGCAAGGUAAUAGCUGUUCAGAUGACCCCUUUGCUCUUAAAGAUGUAAAUUGCAUAAAUGUGCACACGUCAGACUGUGUUGAAGAAAUGCCCUUUGCAGUAUCCUGAAGUGUCUGAUUUCUCAAGUGUCCAUCCCUAUAGCAUUAGUUGGGAAUGCCAUCAAACAAAUGGUCGUGAAAUAAAAUAGUUAUCCCAGCUUUCCUUGCUCCCUCUUAUGUGCUUACAGGCCUGCCAUCUUAUUGCAGGAUAGCUGUUAAGCACUGUAACUCCUGCAGAACUAGUAUAAUUAUGAUGACUUUCUCUGGAUUUUAUUCUAUUUUGAAAGUCAAUUGUUAGUUGAUCACAAUCUGCAUCUGCUUCCUUGGCUUGUAAUGAAUCUGGGCCAUCUAAUCUCCAGUUAAUGAUUCAUAAGCCAGAAACAGACUGGUCUUGGUAGGCAAAAUUUGUGCUCAUGAUUGACUCAACUGAGGAGAAGGGAGUGAGCUUUGACAUGAAAUCUCAGAGAUGCUCUAAAGCUUAGUGUGACUUCAGGGGCAUGUCCCUGUCAUUUUCCCCUAGUCCAGGCUGGAUAGUGGUAGAACCAGGGGCUUGUCUCUGUCACACUGAGCCUCAGAAAAUCCUUGAAAAGCAGGAAGAUACACUGCUGUUUUCCCACUUUGCAAAAUCUCUGCAAGGUUGGGAGGGUGGUGGAAGGAACCCCCAGAUCUUGCACUGUUUCGAAAGCAGCAGGACGUCUUGCUUCCCCCCAAGGCUCAUCUUAAAUUGAUGUAGAUUUCUCUUGCCCUCUUCUGAGUAUGGAGAAAAACUAGGGGAAUCUCUGAAUUCAACACAAGGGGUGAUAUUCAACUCAUACUUGGAGCAAACCCACUGAAAUCAGGGGGUCUGCUUUAACUUAGUUGGGUAUUAUCCAAAGUCUUGAAGAUUCCACCAUCCUUCUCCCAGCUCAAGAAGGUGGAGGUUCUCACCAGAAAGAAAAAAAAAGCACUUGCUAGUGCCAAGCAGGUAAGCAUAUUUAUUGUCAGGAGCAGAACAUUUUGAUUUAUAGGUCUUGAGAACCUACCUGUAGGCUUCCUAAGAUGUAUUCAGUCACUUUGCAGGUUUGAUUAGCACUUUUAAGUGUUCAAAGAGUCAAAUGUUACAUAUAGAAAUAGUUAUUCCUCUUGAGAAUUACUCAGUGCGUUUAUGUUGGUAAAUAUGGCAAGUCACCUGCAUUGUGCUGAAUUUUUUGUGUGCUUAUCCAGCUUUUUUAAAUGCAACAGGAGGUUCCUCUUACAAGGUUUAACUUACGUUAGUAUUGCUGGCCCUCCUUGAUUUUAUUUGGGAAACCAUGUGUAAAAGUCCAGGCCUAUUUGUAUCUUGUGGAUGCAAUUGCUUCCCUUUGCCAUACGUAUUGCUUAGGGUUGUAGUCUAUCUCUCAAUCUUGAAAUGUGUCUGACACAAAAAGUUAACGUAUAGCCCUGUAUACAGUGUAGAUAAUUAUUUUUGUAAAAUAUGGUGUUAAGUUAAUGAACAAGACUGGAUUUAGUUAUUUCUCGUACAAGAGUAAUUCUUGCUCAUUAAUCUGAACUCCAUUUCCCAUGUAUAUUAUGUUGUUGUAGUUCCCUUUUGUAAUUUGUUUUCUGAAUUAAAUAAGAUCAGGAACCAUCAGCAUUUGUUGAUGCACUGAUUAGUGUAAAUGUCUGACAGUUUACUUGAGCCUAAAAUCCAUAUCUAGUAGCUUAGAAUCCAUCCAUAGAGAGAGGUUCUUCUUGUUAACAAAAGGAGGAGGUAAUUUUUAUGACUGUGUUGAUUUCAGUUUUGUAUGUUUAACUUUUAUUAAAAUAAAGAAUUCAAAACCUC